AUGAAAACGAAAAUUUUGAAACAAAAGAAUGUAAAUAUACUUAAGAAAAAAACAUCUGGGACAUCAACUGAAUACAUUUUUGAAUGUGAUGGUUGUAGUAAAAAAUUUUCAACAAAAGACAUUCUCGCCAAACACAUUUCAUACAGUCAUAAGACGCAAAACAACUCAGACACCACUGCAGUUCGGACACAAGUAGAACAAACUGCAGUGCCACAACAAACAGAAAUAUUUAAUUGUGAUAUUUGCGAAUUUAAAACAUCUCAUAAACGUUACAUAUUGGCACAUCUUAAAGCGCACGUCGCUAAACAAAUGUACUGUUGUAAUAAUUGUGAAUAUAAAUGUAUUAGAAAAGGUGAGUUGCAAACACAUAUGAAAAUACAUACCGGAGAAAAACCUUUUUCGUGUAAUAUCUGUGAAUAUAAAUGUAUUAGAAAAUGUGCGUUGCAAGCACAUAUGAAAAUACACACCGGUGAAAAACCUUUUUCGUGUAAUAUCUGUGAAUAUAGAUUUAUUAGAAAAUGUGAUUUGCAAACACAUAUGAAAAUACAUACUGGAGAAAAAUCUUUUUCAUGUAAUGUCUGUGAAUACAGAUCUAUUACAAAAGGUAAUUUGCAUAAACAUAUGAAAAUACACACUGGUGAAAAACCGUUUUCGUGUAAUAUCUGUGUAUAUAGAUGUAUUACAAGAAGUCGUUUGCAAACACAUAUGAAAAUACAUACUGGAGAAAAACCUUUUUCGUGUAAUAUCUGUGAACAUAGAUUUAUCAGAAAAUGUGAUUUGCAAAUACAUAUGAAAAUACACACCGGUGAAAAACCUUUUUCGUGUAAUAUCUGUGAACAUAGAUUUAUCAGAAAAUAUGAUUUGCAAACCCAUAUGAAAAUACACACUGGUGAAAAACCUUUUUCGUGUAAUAUCUGUGAAUAUAGAUGUAUUACAAAAAGUCGUUUGCAAACACAUUUAAAAACGCACACUGGAGCAAAACCUUUUUCUAAAAAAAUUUCAACAAAAGAAAUUCUCGCCAAACACAUUUCAUACAGUCAUAAGUCGCAAAACAACUCAGACACCACUGCAGUUGGGACACAAGUUGAACAAAUUCCAGUACCACAACUAAAAGAAAUAUUUAAUUGUGAUAUUUGCGAAUUUAAAUCAUCUCAAAAACGUUGUUACAUUUUGGCACAUCUUAAAGCGCACGUCGCUAAACAAAUGUACUGUUGUAAUAAUUGUGAAUAUAAAUGUAUUAAGAAAAGUAAGUUGCAAACACAUAUGAAAAUACACACCGGUGAAAAACCUUUUUCGUGUAAUAUCUGUGAAUAUAGAUGUAUUAGAAAAAGUAAUUUGCAAGCACAUAAUAUGAAAAUACACACCGGUGAAAAACAUUUUUCGCUUAAUAUCUGUAAACAUAGAUUUAUUAGUAAAUGUGAUUUGAAAAGACAUAUGGAAAUACAUACUGGAGAAAGACCUCUUUCGUGUAAUAUCUGUGAAUACAGAUGUAUUAAAACAAGUAAUUUGCAAACACAUAUAAAACUACACACCGGAGAAAAACCUUUUUCGUGUAAUAUCUGUGAAUAUAGUUUUAUUACAAAAAGUCGUUUGCAAACACAUGAAAAUACAUACCGGAGAAAAACCUUUUUCGUGUAA